ACUGGUGUCACAUUUCUCUUGAACGCAAACAACAUUGGCGUCCGGGCGCUGUUGCGGUACCAGUCGUGACCGCCCGACUAUAUGGCUUUUCACGGCUCACAGAUGUAAUUCGUCGCGUACCACCGACUGGAACCGACCAAUUUACAGCCAUUAACAACUGGGCUACGGUUAGGACGUAUUCUUACAAUCACACUGUCAAAAUAUCAGCGACUUUUUCGAAGCCACCCGGCCAGCUAACGCGCUUUAGCAGGUUAGAUGUGAUUUUCAGAGGCGCAGAGAGCCAGUAGGCGAGCAUCUCCGCGAUGAUUUUGUGCUUGGAUCGUUAGUUUGUUACCUCGAGACGACAUCGAGUGUUUGAUUUGGUUUUGAAACGGACAUGUUUACACCUGUAUGACGGAUCAUUACUCGGAGUAACGCUUAUUUGAGCGCUGCUGAGUUGGCUAACUGGAAGGAGCAGCUCGAUAACUUGCUGUAAAGUUUUUUUUUGUGUGUGCUAAGCGGAAUUUUCAUGUGUCUUUCUUCAGGCUUGAGAAGAAGAAACCCGGACUUAACUUCUGACAUUACAGAUGCACAACAGUAUACAGCCGAACAUUGAUAGUUACGGCUAAAUUGGGGACCCUUUUGCCACCCGGCCUAAUAAAACUUGUGAGUCCUCGGACUCUAUUUUGCACAUUUGUGCUGGGAACAGUUUUGUUGUUUUUCAUCAGCUGACGGGUUCAGAUUAAUCUGUCUCCUCUUUAAUGCUAUAAUUUCCCCGAAAAAUCACCACUUUAACUGUAGGAAAUCACAUAGGAAGUCGGCAUUCAAUGUUGACACCCGUCGAUAGGGUUCGUCGAAAUUUUAUAAUAAAAUUCACGUUCCUGCCGAGACUAGUAAACAAACUAUGACUUAAUGACGGGAAUUUUUUAAAAGCUAACAACAGUUAAUCUGUGCUGGUUUGGGGACUCACACCGAGCGCAGGAGGCUCUUAACAAGUUGGACUUCGGACACUUCACUUUUGAUUGAAUUGUGAGAGCUGUGAACACGUUCAGUUUCAGAAAAUAAACCGUCAAAUCCAACCUCAGAAGAUGUCGACCAGGACACCACUGUUACCCUUGAUUGACCACUCCACUGGACAGUCUCACUCCGACUCAAAGCCCGGGGUGCGCUCCAACGUGCUCCACACCACAGCAGACGAGCAGCCCCACAUCGGCUGCUACAGACUCCUGAAAACCAUCGGCAAAGGCAACUUCGCCAAGGUCAAACUGGCCAAGCACGUCCUCACUGACAAAGAGGUGGCGGUGAAAAUCAUAGACAAGACACAGCUCAACUCCUCCAGUCUUCAAAAGCUAUUCCGGGAAGUGAGGAUCAUGAAGGUCUUGAAUCACCCAAAUAUCGUGAAGUUAUUUGAAGUGAUUGAGACAGACAAGUCCCUCUACUUGGUGAUGGAAUAUGCCAGCGGAGGUGAGGUGUUUGAUUACCUCGUAGCCCACGGCAGAAUGAAAGAGAAAGAGGCUCGAGCCAAAUUCAGACAGAUUGUGUCAGCGGUGCAGUACUGUCACCAGAAGUGCAUUGUCCACAGAGACCUCAAGGCAGAGAACCUGCUCCUGGAUGCAGAUAUGAACAUUAAAAUUGCCGAUUUCGGCUUCAGUAACGAGUUCACACUGGGCAACAAGCUGGAUACUUUUUGUGGCAGCCCACCUUAUGCUGCCCCCGAGCUCUUUCAGGGAAAGAAGUAUGAUGGGCCGGAGGUGGAUGUCUGGAGCCUUGGGGUCAUACUGUACACACUGGUCAGCGGUUCUUUGCCAUUCGAUGGACAGAACCUAAAAGAGUUGCGAGAACGGGUUUUAAGGGGCAAGUACAGGAUUCCCUUCUAUAUGUCGACCGACUGUGAGAACUUACUGAAGAAAUUCCUCAUACUCAACCCAACCAAGAGAGGGAGCCUUGAGCAGCAGAUCAUGAAGGACCGUUGGAUGAACGUGGGCCAUGAGGACAACGAGUUGAAGCCUUACAUUGAACCCCAACCCGACUACAAGGACCCUAAGAGGACAGAUAUUAUGCUACGGAUGGGAUACUCUCUAGAUGAGAUACAAGAUGCCCUGGUCAAACAAAAAUACAAUGAUGUCAUGGCAACUUACUUAUUACUGGACUAUAGGAACUCAGAGCUGGAUGAACUAUCAAUAAAGGCCCGCCCAGGCACUGACCUCACAAACAACGCCCAAUCAUCUCCUCACAAGGGACAACGCAAUACCUCCAAUCCGAAGUCCCGCAGAUCCACAGACCAAAGCUCCUCUGUUUCCACCAAGCGUACUCAGGGCGACAGCAAGCACAUCGGUGGUUCAGGCAGCUCCAGUAAAGUCCCUCCCAGCCCACUGAUCUCUGGAGACCAUAAGAAAACUCCUACCCCUUCCACUAACAGCAUCCUGUCCUCAGGCACCAGCCGCAGCAGGAACUCUCCAAUCACUGAGAGAGCCACGCUAGGAGUACAGAAUGGCAAGGACAGCUUGAACACUCCAGGGUCCCGCGCCUCCACCGCCUCAGCGGCCGCGGUCCUCGCCGCCUCAUCCCGCACCCGUCACCACAAGUCCUUGUCCACCUCUGCCCACCCCAGUCCCCCAGACUUCCAUGCACAUCGCCCCAGCACGGCCAACCAGAAAGCACCAGUGGUGUCCCCCUCAGCUCAGAACAUAAACAUUUCCUCAAUGGCUGAUCGUACCAACUUCUCCAGAGGGGUGGCGAUUAGAAGCACUUUCCACGCCGGCCAGCAAAGAGCCACACGAGACCAGCAAGCCUCAGCGUACAAUGACCCCUCUGCCUCCCCCUCCCUUUCCCAUGGCAACAGCCAGGUGCGCCGUCCUGGGACAGGCAUCUUCAGCAAGUUUACUUCCAAAUUUGUACGCAGAAAUCUCUCAUUCAGAUUUCCCAGAAGGAGUCCGUAUGAGGGAGAGGGUCAAGAUGAGGCCAGCAGACCCAUGUUGAGCACAGCAGACAAGAUGGAGAAAGGUAUCCAAGGACUGCCUGGCGAUGAAAACAAGGACUUCUUUUCUUCCUCUUCUCCAGCGUCCAGCACACCUUCGUCCACCCAGGCCUCCAAGGACACAAAACCACGCUCCCUCCGCUUCACCUGGAGCAUGAAGACCACCUCCUCCAUGGAGCCCAACGAAAUGAUGAAGGAGAUCCGGAAAGUUCUGGACUCCAACAGCUGCGAGUAUGAGUUGCGCGAACGCUUCAUGCUCCUCUGCGUUUCGGGCAACCCCGCGCAUGAAGACUUUGUCCAGUGGGAGAUGGAGGUGUGCAAGCUACCUCGCCUCUCGCUCAACGGGGUGCGCUUCAAGAGGAUCUCCGGAACCUCCAUCGCCUUCAAGAACAUCGCCUCGAAGAUCGCCAACGAGCUAAAACUGUGAGGAAGAUGAUGGUUUCUGUGGAAAAGAUCUUGAGGAACGGCUGGAGCCCGUGUGUUGGGAAUGAGGAGGCACUGUGAGGAAAAUCAUUGGAGUUGUGAGCUCUACGGCAGCAUUGAAGAGUCUUGAGGCUGUAAAGGGGGAAAAGGUGUAAGACAGGUUCAUGGGGGACAUUUGUGCAUAUAGACAUUUUUCAGGGGGGUUAUUUUUUGGGGGAAGUGUUCUGUCUUGGUUUGGGUUUUCUGUUCCUUACUCACCCCCCUCGAAUGCUUUGUUGUCAUUUUUAUUUGUGGCAAUUUUGUUCAAAUGUGGGUUUUCUUGGAACUCACAAUUGUCCUCAAUUCAGAAAAAGUUAAGAGACCGUGAGAAGACGUUGGUUUUCAUAAACUGGAAUUGUUUGCCAGUAUUUUUUAAUUUUUUUUUUACAAACACAAACCAGCUACUGUCAUGGACAUCUGUAUCUAACUCUCCCCCCCAUACCCUGGUCCUUAUUCCUUGUUCAUCCCCAAACACAAACAAUGCUAAACCACCACAUUACUUGAUCUUACUUCCAAUUCCAUGUUAGCUGUGAUGAGCAGAGAUGGAGAUAUUGGUGGUUGACACUCAGAAUGUACAACACAAAAUCGAGACCCAAAUGACUAGGCACAUUCAGUAGAGCCAUCAUUUGAAUUUUCAUAUCCACUCAUCAUGAUCUGAUUGGUUCUGAUCUAGCCAAUGAAAUUGCUAGCUAAUCCGUAACCUCUGCCCCAUUUCUACAUGACAGUACAGUGUCUUAUUUGAGCUGAAAUGGAAGUGUUGACUUGAAUCCUUGGUGCACUGGAGGUGAAUCACCUCUUAGCACUCAAUGCCCAGACAAUUCGUUUUUUGCUGUUUGUUUUGUUUUUUCCCUCUACUGCAGGAGUUAUAUAUCUGAAACUAAUUAAGAGCCAAUUAAGUAAUUAUUGGUGGAUUGUAGUGUAAUUAAGAAUUGCUGGUUGGAUCCAAUCUGCUGCACUGGAAUGAGUCUGUGUUUCGUUGCCUUUCUCUGGAGAAGAUAAUUAUUAAUAUUAUUAUAUGAAUAAACCAGAUGUUGGAUGA